AUGGAUCUGAACUGUGCUACUGGCCUACUGGAGAAAGAAGCCCGGAGAAGGCGGAUCAUUCUAAACCAGAGUCAGAAGGACACUCUCCGUGUGCGCUUUGAAAAGGAUCCCAAUCCUGAUCUAGCUACCAGGGCACGUCUGGCUAAGGAACUCGGCAUCUCUGAAUCUCAAAUUAUGACUUGGUUUCAAAAGCACAGGAAGAUACGGAAGCAAAAAGAGUUUGCAUAUAGCUCUGAAGAAAGCCAAGAGCAGGGACAGGAUCAACCUACAGUUAAAGAAGCUAGAAGGAGCAGAACGCAUUUCACAAAGUUCCAGAUUGAUAUUCUAAUUGAAGCUUUCGAGAAGAAUCGAUUCCCUGGGAUCAUUACCAGGGAAAAACUAGCUCAACAAACAGGCAUCCCAGAAUCCAGAAUUCACAUAUGGUUUCAGAACCGGAGAGCCCGGCACCCAGACCCAAAACAGAGCACUCGGGCAAAGCCUCAUCCGCCCCAGCGCAGCCAGUGCCCCGCCCAGAAGACUGCUGGUCAACUGGAUCCUUCCAAAGCUCACACAAGCAGCUGUUCAGUUACACUGCCUCUUUCUCCACCCCACACACCAAAUAGUCCUUUGGAUCUCUCUAAGGGCCGCGAGAAGCAGUUACCAAGGACCACACUACAGCCCAUCCAGGUUGUACAGCCAAGGGGCGAUGAUCAAAAUCCUUCGUCGUUUAUUGGUCGCUUAUCACCGGUAAAAACUCCAGGAGAAGAGAGCUUCCAUACCCAGCCUUCUGUACCGCUCUUAACCCAAAACCGAGGAUGUAAUCCCAGUGAGAACAGUUGUUUGGCUGUAAUGCCCAUAGAAGGUUCUACUCCGGUUCCAGCUAUUAAUCAACACUUCUGGAAACUGGACCAAAGAGAGUCCACCUUUCUCCAACACUGGGACGAGUGGUUCCAAUCCAUGCUUGCUGAAUGGAUGCCUGACAGAGACUACUGGUCUGAGAAAGCCGAGCUGCAUCCGUGGCAGGAGCAGUUUCGGCAGCUCACCAAUGUAUCUGAUCAAGCAGACCAAACUCCACAGCAGUAGGUUUGUGCCUCAAGCCUUUUCCGUUAAUUCCUCUUUAGCACGGAUUUUUUUUUUUUUUUUUAGGAAAGGAGCUCUUCUUUUGCCAUCCAGGUCCCCAAGUGGAUCUCUAUGCAUGGCUUGGAGAGCUUCUCAGGAGAGUUUCAGGUUCUUCACAUGGGGAGAAGCACAUCAGUGAUGCAGAUUCAGGAGAACCUGCCCUUGGGCAUGAAAUCAGUGGAUAUAUUUAAGAAUAGGUGUGCAGAAUUACAGAACAAGUUCAAAUGAAUAUGCACACAAAGGGAACAGUUAUUUUUAGUCUUAAUUUAUUCUUGAGAUCUGAUCUUGCAGUUAUUAAGGCUGGUCUUAAGCUCCUGUGCUUAAGUCAAUCUCCUGCCUCAGCCUCCUAAAUAGUCAGCACUACAAAUGUAUCUCUCCAUGUCCAUCUUGGUUUUAAUUUUAAUUAUUCUUUUUAAAAAAUUUACAGUUUUAUUUACCAUGCUAUGUUUUAAAGUGUCUCUCACAAGUUCAUGUUUUGAAAUCUUGUCUCUCAAUGGCGCUCUUUGAAUCUGUGGAGGCUUUUCGGCGGGUCCUGACUGGCAGACCAUAGGCCAGGGUGGUACCUUGAAAAUUAUAUCCACCAUGUGAACAGCAUGCACCACAUGUUCCUGAUGUGUAGACAGACUCAGUCACCAUGCCUCU